CUGCAUUUAAAUUUGACUUGCCCACAGUCGACAGAAACGAAGAAAAUCAAUGAGGAACAUUGACGAGGUGGCUGGGUAUGCUACUAGGACUCAAACUCGCACUUAUCUGAUUAUAAAAGGCGGCGGUAGGAUGAUGAACCGACUAGACAAGUAUUACGAGGCACAUCCUCAGCAGUUGAUGCGUAGAACGCACCACAACAUGCUGAUGCUGCCCCCACCCCCUCUGGUGGACACUUCGCCCUCUGGCUCCAGUCAGUCCCGCUCCUCAACAUGGGCAACAUAUCACAGCGGCAAAUCGUCUUCUGGCAACAACGGAUUUUCUGUUUUGGAACGUGGCGAGCGCAUAAAACCGGAACGAUCAAACAAACGGAAUAAUGUUCAAAAAAUGCAAUGGAGAAGUUCAAGGUGGGUCAACGGUUUCCCGUACGCCGCUUCCGGUGAUGAGGAUUUUGAUAAUCGGAUUAGUUCCAUGACAAUUGCGGAUGUGAGCCCACGCUUUGCCGUUAAGCGCAUUAUCCUUCUGUAUGAGAACUUCCAGUACAGGGAAGCAGCUAACUUCAUAAACCGACUGAGCCACGGGACGUUCAAAGUGAUCCUGAACGACUUGCCUAUCGAUCUGUUCGUGGAGUCCAUGCCCCACAGUUUAUCCAUUCUCGAAGCGCUGUACGCCAAGGUGUUCCUGUCGGACGGACUGAACUUCAGCAUGAAACUGCUGCGUCCGGAGGGCGUCAUCAUGCAGAUGGUGAAAUUCUUUUCAAACCAGGAAUCGAUCGAUAAAACUGGGGAUAAGAACUGGGAACUCUGUGGACCGUUCAUCUGCAGCUGCAAGAAACUGCUCAAAGUGAUUGUCCUAUCGGAUCCUAAAAUCAAGAAGGUCCUGCAGCAGAGACGUAGGUCACUUGACAAGGCUAUUGAAGGUCUGGGUCAACAUGGCCUCGUGGGCACCACUGACGAAACGCUGAUGAAUUUACACGAUGCCCUCAAGAUGGAGUUUCAGAGGGUUGUGGAGACGUACAAGGGGGCUUUGCAGAAACUGGAGGAACUGUCCCUGGCCAGUAAUAAGAACGGAGUGACGCGGGGCCCGGCGCCGGUCCAGGCGUCCCACCAGCGCCAGCUGUCCCUGCGCCAGCCCGAGAUACAGGAGCGUCUCAUCAAGAACAAGACGCUACUGAAUGUGGUGGAGCCGACGCUGGGCAACCACUCGCUGGACAUCCUCCUGGGUAUCCUGCAGCGGCGCAUAGAGUUCGACAAGGAUGUCUUGUUCCAGUUCACGCAGCUGCGCAAGGAGAUGAAGGACUUGGUGGAAGCAAACUCAGUGGUGGCGCCGGUCCUCAUGAGGUUCUCUCACGGCUGUGACCAGGUCCUGGAGCUGAUGAAGGAAGUGGCCGAGGAUGAGGAUGACUCCAGCGACAUAUCGGGCUAUCACUCAGACUCUGAUUCGGCCAUCAUGAUGUCUGGCAAUUCACCGUACGUCAGCAAGAGGGCGCGUUACAACUUCCUGUCCAGAUCUGUACGUUCUAGCACCAAGUCCAGUAGUGUCCGCACUUCGGUGCUUCUCCAGCAGCUCAGCAGUUCAUCUGGUGAUUCUGCUGGCCAGCGUCACCAAGGUCUGCACCACUGCUCCUCCGGGUCCGACAGUCCCCCCCAUUCACUCCUUGUGACCGAUCCCACGGACUGUACCAAGGGGAGCCGGAGUCCAGACAGCAGCUCCACCUCAUCAGCCAACAGCCACUCAGCUGGCCGACCGGUCACGCGAUCGCAGAUCAAGCACAAGAACCAGCUCCACAAAUUAAAUUCAGCAGGUUCCAACUCCUCAUGUGGAGCUGUUACUUGCUGCCAGGGCUGCCAGUCCCGUGCGUCACUCCAGGUCCAACCAUCCAGCAACGAUGAAGAACUAAUGACCCUUAGAGGCGAAAUACGGAGAUUGCAGACAGAACUGGGGAACACUAAUGCAAGGCUACAAGAAUCUGAACAGCAGCUCAAAGAGAGACUAGCAUCACCCAGUGCAAGUACAGAAGCACCUUCAGAUCCAGGCAGCUUGGUGCGUUGCUAUGGCAACUUGUAUGCGGCUGCCCGAGUGGAUGCACUCGACUCUCUAGACAACCUUCCAGCUCUAAAGGACGCUGAUGAACUUAAGUCUAAAAUAUUGUUCUCAGUUGUUGUGCUGGCAUUCAGGUCAGCGCAGUCAUUGCUAGCCCUGAAGAAGGACCAUGUGAGACGUAUUCUGCACAUUCAGCCACCUGCAGUUACCCCACAAGUUGGUACUGUCACGCCCUCCGAUCCUGAAGCAGCUGAGCUGGAAAGAAGCGUUGCAGUUUACCUCCGGAAGACAGUGGAUAAAUUUGACCUAACCAAGAGCGUUGAAGACGUCUGCUGCCAGAUAUGGGCUACACUGUACGACUAUCCGUGCCUCAAAUCAUGUCCGGGACUUGUGCAAUAUGUAAAAGAUGCAGUUCGUUUAGCAUGGGGCCUAGUUAAUCAGUCACCACCGUUCAUCCUCGAGUAUGAGCAGAGGACCCUGCGAAGGGAUGUACAUGUGAGAUUCCAUUCGUCUAACCCAGAAAGUGACCAGAUUCGCACUUACCUGUGGCCUGCACUUCUGGAAGGAGCAGGGGGCCCAUGUGUUCAUAAAGCUGUCGUUAUCACCUGACCAAAGCGUAGACAGGCUCUUCUAUAAUGUGUUGGAGAAUGUCUCAACUAGAACUGAAAUUUGGAAUUGCAUCUGACAUGGAACAAAUGCAAUAUUUGUUUGUCUUUGCUGUGGAACUGAUAUGCUGCAAGGGCUGCAGCAAGGAUUUUGAAGGCAGCAUAAAAUUAUGUAUAUCUUACUGAACCGAGAGAUGUCCAUCUAUAGUGCACACUAUGCUGGAAACAAUUCUCACAUAUAGAUAGAUAGAUAUCCAUUCUUUUGGGUGAAUCACUCAAGAUCCCACCUUCCCUGCUAAGCCUUAUCCCUGUGUUGCCACUUGAUGCUGUACAUUGUGGGCUUAGCUGACCAGUUCAAUGGUCCCCUUCAGAGGGCCAAAGUAUCCACAUUUACACUGAGGUGUCAUGUAAAGUAUUCAUUAUAAUUUGUUAAAAAAUUAUAUUUCAUUUAAUAUCUUAUGUUAAAACUCUGUUUUAUAGGCUUUCAUUUCUAAUUCAAGUAACAAGCCUGUGAGGUGACCAUGAUUUCUGUUUUCCUGCAAAGGUAGAUGUCUUUCAAUGGUCUGAUGACCCAGGGGGCUGUUCUGCUUGCCUUAGUAAGUGAACCAGACUUGAGUGUAGAGAAUAAUAGUACAAAUUGAUUUAGGGAACUACAAAGUACUGUCUAAUAAACAGUGGCGCUCUCUACCCAACUCCUUGUUGCAGAACAUUUUUUUAAAAUAGUUGCUCAGUGAAGAAAUUCUUUGCUUUUAAGCAACAGAAAGUUUCAUUAGCAUAUUCACGAAAACUCACCCUUGUAUCCUCUCCAGAGCUUGCUGAAUCCAGUUCACACAAUGUUUCUCUAAAGUCCAUUUCAGUAUUAUCUUCUAAUCCAGUGGUUCUCAACCUUUGUCAGACUGUGACCAGGGCGUGGUACUUGGCCCCAGCCCGGCGGUUGAGAAACACUGCUCUAAUCUAUGGUUAGAUCUCCCAUAUGACUCUUUCCAUUGAGGUUUUCAGACCAACAUUUUGCAUGGACUGCCCAUCUCAUCCUCCUUGAUAUAAUCACCUUACAGUAUUAAGAGCACAAAUUAUGAACCUCCUCAUUAUGUGAGUUUCCCUACCAUCCUGUCACUUCCUCUCUCAUAGGUCCAAAUAUUGUCCUCAAUGUCCAGUUCUUAGAUGCCCUCAAUCUCUUAGAAAGAGACAAAGUUUCACACCUGUACACAAUAGCAGUGCAUUCUGUAUGUCAUUAUGAUGUAGUUGUUACACAUAUUGGCUAUUUUACUUACUUCUUCUAUCAUGAAGCUUGAAAUGCCGUGACUUGAUAUUGGAUCAUGAGUUGUGGCUCUCAAAUACAGAGACAUUUAUCUUUCACUGGAGUCACCUCACAGUAAUGCAUUUGAGUUCCGAGCAUAACAAAUAAUUUUGAACAUAACAAAUAUAACUUGAGGGUACAGUAAUUUUCGUUUUGUCUUACCUAACUUGUUUCUUUUAUUAGUAGUAUGUCCGUUCUUGUAAGUAAUCAGAUGUUUUGAAAUUAAAUCAGGAUUUUAUUUCAUCUCAGAAAUAAAUACAAAUGAAAUUAAAUGAUACAUAUACAUAUAUAUAUCAGCCAAAUGAAGUAUGUUCAGGUAUGAAUGAAUAUAUCUUUCUGUGCCAUUCUUAUCUGUGAAAGAAAGUAACAGUAUGUUAACAAUUAUUGGUUAUAUAAAUGUAUUAAACAUGUUAGUUUAUAUAAAAAGAAUUAUGAAAAUGA